GACACGUUCCCUUACCUUCUUUUUUCAUUCGUGCUAUCGACAACUUCAGGCUCGAGUCUUGGCAACAGCAGAAUGACACCCGAGUACAAGGCGGAAAAGGAAGCUUCGGUCUCGUUCCUGGGAGGUGGCGGAAUAUGGGAAAUUAAUCAUGUUGCCCUGGUGGCUCCCGCCGCCGCCUUUCUGUGGGCCAUGCUGCAGACUCGACAAAACUUCUUCAAACAAUACACCCUUGCCGCAGCAUUCUCCGACUUCCUAAUUCAAUGCGGUUCCAUUCUGUUCGCUACGACCGUCUAUGCUGGAGCUCCACAGGUUCUCAAUGGCUUACUCAUCCUCCCAGCCGUUGCAGCUUUUCUGCAACCUAGCCCAGAAGUCAAAAAGGCGGCCAAGCCUCCUUCAAAAGUUGCUGGCAAGGACGAUUCUUCAGAUGACAAGACCGCCGACGAUAAAAAUCCAUUACCUGUGAAGCCCUUCAUCACGGCUUAUCGCGGUGCCAUGAUGAUCAUCACAUGUUCCAGUAUCCUAGCUGUUGAUUUCCCAAUCUUCCCACGACGCUUCGCGAAGACAGAAUCGUUCGGUACAUCACUCAUGGAUAUGGGCGUUGGCUCAUUCGUCUUCGCAGCUGGUAUUGUCGCUGCACGGCAACAACUCAAAGAGGACAACGAGGCGUCGCGAUCACUGGUGAAGCGUCUGAAAUCUGCGCUUAGGCACUCUCUACCACUGGCGGUUCUGGGCUUUGUUCGACUUCUGAGUGUCAAGAAGCUCGACUACGCGGAACAUGUGAGCGAAUAUGGCGUUCACUGGAACUUUUUCUUCACACUGGCGCUUCUUUCGCCAGCGAUAGCCAUCUUGCAGCCGGUACUACGACUAACCCAGUAUGUUGGUGGCUACAACAUAUUUGCGUUCGUGCUCGCAAUCUGCUACGAACUCAUACUCUUCUGCGUACCGGACAUGAAGGUCUACAUCAUUCUCUCAGAAAGGAAACCAGGCGAUUGGCUGUCGCAGAACAGAGAAGGCGUCUUCUCCUUUAUCGGCUAUUUGGCCAUCUUCAUUGCUGGCAUGGGCGCUGGUGUUAACAUCUUGCCCAGGGAUCCAGAGCCUGGCGCGAAGAAGCUGCCUGAGAAGGACCCUCUCGACGCAGACGAAGAGUGGUUGGCCACCGUUCUUGGCGCGGCCGAGAACGAGGGCGAGAAGAAGGAUGCGGCACCUCCACCAAUCAAAAUGCCUCAGCUCAAGCCAGAAUGGCCCAAGUCAACGCUGCCCCGACUAGGUGCCUUGUUCUUCAUGUGGUUCAUCUUCUCCACGUGGGCGAUGUGGAGAUAUGGCCCUCGCCUGUUUGUUUCACGGCGUAUGGCAAAUCUUGCAUAUGUUUGUUGGGUAUGCGCAUUCAACUAUGGACAGCUUCUUCUGUUCAACGUCAUUGAAGCUGGCAUGUUCCCCAAUCUGUACAAUGCGAAAACGAAGGAGGCAGAGCAAACACGGAUUCGUGAGGCGACUAGCCCAGUGAUGCGUGCCUACAACCGCAACGGUUUGGCCAUCUUUCUGCUGGCCAACCUUCUCACUGGACUGGUCAACAUGACCAUGCCGACCAUUCACAUGGCAGACGUACCUGCUAUGACUGUGUUGGUGAGCUACAUGGCUGUCCUGACUGGAGUCGCUCUAGUGUUGGACCGGUACGACAUCUCGAUCAAAUUAUAGCAUGUAGUAUAGCAUUGUACCAUAAUUUGUUCAAAGCUAGAUCAAGCACCAAGCUUAUUACUCUGCAAUAGCAACAACGGACCUUUUAGCCUCCUC